UGGAUAAAAACAAAUUCCCGUAUAAAUUCACAAAAACUGUGUAAAAAUGCAGCCCAUGCAUACCAAAACCAUAACUAAAUUCUGCAUCGAUUUAGAACUAUUAAUUGGAGUGCAUAAGUAGUGUGACAAAGCAAAAUUCUUUCGAAACGGGCAAACAAAAAGCAUUAAGCAGCACUUGACAGCAGGAAAAAUUAAAAAAAUAAAAUAAAAUAAUAAAAACCCGCUCAACAUUUCGCCUUUUACACGAAACAAAUUGAGCGUAAAUUAUCCAAAUUGCACUUUACAAAGGAACUUGAAAACGGAACGGAAAAUACCAACAACAAUAGCAACAAAAGCAACAACAAGAACAACAACAAAUAUCAGCAGCAAAUAUCCAUCCAAAAGCAACAGAACACGCGAAAGACCCCUCAGCAGCAGCCGCAGCAGCAGCAGCUGAAUCAAUCAUAAGCUCGCGCACAGCUUACAGUUCAGCUUCAACCUGGCGAAUCGCAACGGGAGCAACAACAAUAGAGCCGAUGCCGCUGCUGGCGGCGCAGCUGGCGCUGGCGCUGCCGCUGUAGCCGCCGCGGGCCGUAAUAACAACAAUAAUAACAAUAAUGCAGCUGCCGCCGGUGGAUCUGCUGCUGGAGGCGCUGGCGCCGAUGCAAACGCCGCCGCCGGCGGUGGCGGCAACGAGUGGAAUCCCGAAGAAAUGGAUCGAUUCAGUUUCGACGAUUCCAUACGCUUCGAAGAGGAUUCACUCUGCAGCUGGAGCUCCGAGGCGGAAUCGUUGUGCAACAAUUGGCGCGGCUGGAAAAAGCCCACCACCAACGGCUCCGGCACGAGUGCUGGCAAUGGGAAUGGAAUCGGCCCCGUUGCCAGCGCCACCAACAACAGCAACGGCGGCGCCACAUUCGGUGCGGCUGGCUGUGGUCCACCCGGUGCGGGCAGUAACGGCAUCGCCAACUCUGCCGCAAUGGCAGCCGGUGUCCAUUGUGGACGUCAUUUCGAGGUCUCGUCGCUUGCCGAGUUGGCAGCGCGAUGUGUCGCCUCGUAUAUACCAUUCGAGCUGGUGGAACAUGUUUAUCCGCCCGUGCCGGAGCAGUUGCAGCUGCGAAUCGCUUUCUGGAGUUUUCCGGACAACGAGGAGGAUAUACGGUUGUACUCUUGUCUGGCCAACAGUUCGGCAGAUGAGUUUCAUCGCGGCGAUCAAUUGUUUCGCAUGCGCGCCGUAAAGGAUCCAUUGCAGAUUGGCUUUCAUCUCUCUGCCAGCGUUGUGAGCCAAACGCCGCGCACCUUCUUCAAUGUAGCUGUCACAUUUGAUCGUCGCCGGAUCUCUUCUUGCAACUGCACUUGUACCUCCUCCGCUUACUGGUGCUCUCAUGUGGUUGCCGUUUGCCUGCAUCGCAUUCAUUGUCCUCUGGAGGUUUGCCUGCGUGCACCUGUUUCCGAGUCACUCACACGUCUUCAGCGCGAUCAGCUGCAAAAGUUUGCCCAAUAUCUGAUCAGUGAGCUGCCGCAACAAAUUUUGCCGACGGCUCAGCGCCUGCUGGACGAGUUGCUUAGCGCCCAGCCGACGGCUAUCAAUACGGUUUGUGGUGCACCCGAUCCAACGGCGGGCGCAUCAAUUAAUGAUCAGACUAGCUGGUAUCUAGACGAGAAGACGCUUCACAACAAUAUCAAGCGCAUACUCAUCAAAUUCAUACUUCCGGCGCCGAUUGUUUUCAGCGAUGUCAACUAUUUGACCAAUUCGGCGCCGCCAGCGGCCGCUGAAUGGACUUCACUGCUGCGUCCAUUGCGUGGGCGCGAGCCGGAGGGCAUGUGGAAUCUGUUGUCGAUAGUUCGUGAGAUGUACAGACGCUGCGAUCGAAAUGCGGUGCGUCUGCUUGAGAUCAUAACGGAGGAAUGCAUGGCCUGCGAUCAGAUGCUGAUAUGGUGGUUCCAAACCAAGCUAGCACUUAUGAUGGGCUCCCAUGGACACAGCGGUGGCAAGCACUCCAAUACACACUCGAACUCCACAGCGCUGCAGCAUGCAUGCAGUUCGCUUUGCGAUGAGAUUGUUGCCCUAUGGCGCCUGGCCGCACUGAAUCCUGGCCUGGCGCCAGAUGAGCGCGACAUGUUGCACGCUCAGUUUACGUCCUGGCAUCUAAAGAUACUCGAUCGUGUGGUGAAGAGUCGCAUGAUGCCACCAUCGUAUACGAACAAACAUCAACAGAAUUCAAGAUCCGAAACGGAGCUAUUCAUUGGCUUUAAGCCGGCCAUUGAGGCAUGCUAUUUGGAUUGGGAAGACUAUCCCAUUGCGGGCGUAACGCACACCCACGACACAAAUCCCAUUUACUACUCACCCUUCACAUGUUUCAAGCACACAGAUGGCAAGGGCGAUACCUGCGGCCCCAACGCUACCAGCCAGCUGAACGCCACCCAGGCCCUGAUGAGCAACAACAAGCACUACAACUAUUUUAGCACCUCCAACGAUCAUGGCCUGCACGCGAGCGUCUUCAAGCACCGACCGGAACGCGGCGGUUAUCGCGAACGUUUCGAUGCCAGCGGCGCCGAGCUGUUUGGCUCGCCCAAUGACCCGCCGUCCAUAAACGCUGUUCUGCUACUGGCCAGAGUGAAUGCCGCCUGCGGCAUGGGCGUUGACCGAGAUGCAAUGGCCAUGGGCGCCAGUCCAGUGCAGCCGCAGCAGCAGCAACAACAGCAUCAGUUGGCCGGCGCAGCCAUUACACCCAAAUCGAAUGCAACAGCCACAGCGGCCGGCUCCGGUGCAUCCGGUGCCGGUGGCGAUGGCAAUCGUUCCAGCGCCAGCAGCGAGGGCUUCUGCGAGAACGAUGACUUUGGCGGCGACAACAGCAGCAGUCACAACUAUUGCACAGGGCGUGGUGCGGCCACUGUGGUUGGACAGAAAUCGCUAACCGAGUCCGAUUCGCAGAGCAGCUUUGAUGCUGUCUCAGCUGUCUCCGCUGUGUCGCAGCAGAGCAAAGAUAUGCCCAUCUCAGUAACGGUAGCAGCAGCCGCAGCCGCAGCAGCUGCUGUUGUUGUGCCGAGCACACCGGAUUACAGACAACAGGCGGGCUCCACAUCGGACACCUCAUCCGCAUCAUCGGCUUCUUCAUCAGCGUCGACGGCCUCGGGCAGCAGCAACAGCUCCAGCUCGUCCAUGCUGAAAACAGCUGCAACGGCACAGCAGCAACAGCAGCAGCAACAACAGCAACAGCAGCAGCAGGCCUCACGUCGCCUGUCCAAGGAUGAAUCCUUUAGCAGCAGCAGCGAUGAGUUUGUUCAGGUUGUGGGCGUGCCAGUGACAUCGGCAGCAGCAGCAGCAGCAGCAUCAGUGGCAGCAGCUGGAAGCGAUUUGACACCCGUGCCCAGCACUUCUGCAGCGGCACGAGCCGCCUUGGCAGCAGCAGCAGCAGUCGCCGUCAACAGCAGCCACAGCACGCCAGCAAUAGAGCAGACACCCGCAGCAGUUUCAGCAGUGUCAGCAGGAGCAAUAGUUGUGUCAGCUGCAGCAGCAAUAGCCACAGCCACAGCCACAGCAGGAGCACCAGUCGCUGUUGCCGCCGCUGUGGCAGCCUCGGCGAUGGAACAGCCCGGCAGCAGCGGUGGCAGUGGGACACGUGCUGCGCUGGCAGGCGAGAAGCCGCACAUUUUCUCGAAUGUGCGUCCCUCGGAGGAUGCCUGGGACAUAUUGUUGGCGCGCGCGGAGGGUCUGCAUGCCCAUGGACAUGGACGUGAGGCGUGCAUAUUGGCGGUGCGUCUGGCCGAGCAAAUGCUGGCCAAUCCGCCCAAUCUGCUCAUGGAAUUGCCACCGGCACCUAAGCGCAAAGGCAAAAAGCAGAAUGUGAAUCCCAUAUCACAUCAGUUGACUGUUGUGGCUUCAUCGACGCUCUCCAAGUGCGCAUUUCUGUGCACUGUGCUCUCUGAGAAUUCAGAGCAUUAUCAUAUUGGCUUUCGCAUAUGUUUGUUUGCGCUGGAAAUGCCGCGUCCGCCGGCCAGCACCAAGCCGCUCGAGGUGAAGCUGGCCAAUCAAGAGGCGGACAUAUUGGCGCUGCUCAAGCGUUUGCCGCUGGGCGCCGCCGAGCUCCAGGUAAUACGCGAACGGGCCGAGCAGCUGCGCAAUGGCACCUUCAAGACGCGCGGCGAGGCAUUGCUGCCCAUCAAUUUGGCCACAUUUAUCUUUGAUGCGCUCGUCACGCCCGGCGCAGCGAAGUUGGCAACGAGCACAUCCGCAGCCGCCGCAGCCGCGGCUGCCGCAGCUAGUGAAUUGGUGGGCCUGGCGCGACGUCCGAAUCCGGCGUUGUACAAACAGCACAGCGAGGAGAACAUGGGCUUUGAGGCAGCUGUUGCGGCAUUGGGUCUAAAGGCCAAUGUCUCGGAAGCGGAGCAUCCGCUCUUGUGCGAGGGUACGCGACGCCAGCGCGGCGACUUGGCCCUAACGCUGCUCUAUCACUACAAGGAUGAGCCGCGCAAGAUAGCCAAGAUUAUGGAGAAGCUACUGGAUCGGGAUAUACACACGCUGCUUAAGACGCCACUGCUGCCCGCCUACUACUCCAGCCAUCCGCCCGUCCGCACGCCCAGCCAGCAUCCCAUGCGACGCGACGAGCAUGACUAUAGCGCCGGUGCGGCACUCGGUGCAGGUGGCAAUGGAGGCGGUGCUGCCUUCAAUUUAUGCGAACUGCUACCCAAUGAUUAUGGCAGCGUGGGCGGCAACAGUCGGCCGCAUAGCUCAACUAGCGCUGAGCUGGAGCUGAGCAUGUGUGCGCUGAGCAUGGCUAGCAGCAGCAAUCAAUCGUGCAGCAGCAACAACAAUGGACAGGGACAGGGACAAAGCCAGGCACAGGGUCAGAGUCAGGGCAUGGUGGCGUGUCAGAAUAGCGGCCAGCCUGGCGGCAGUAGCAGCAGCAGCAGCAGCAAUGCCAAUCCAGCUGGAGCAGCUGCACCUGGUGCCGCUGCUGGUCCUGUUGGCCAGAACAACAACGGCAACAGCAACAACACAACCAACAGCAACAACAAUGCCAGCAGCAGCAGCAGCCGCAGCAAGGAGAGCCGUUACAAGGGCAAACGUGCCUAUCCCUCCAUACCGAAUCAGCCGUCGGAGGCCAGCGCGCACUUCAUGUUUGAGCUGGCCAAAAAUGUGCUAACCAAGGCCGGCGGCAAUAGUUCCACAUCGCUGUUCACCCAGGCCAGCACAAGCCAGAAUCAUCAUGGUCCGCAUCGUGCGCUGCACAUGUGUGCCUUCCAGCUGGGCCUCUAUGCCCUCGGCCUGCACAAUUGCGUCAGUCCGAAUUGGUUGUCGCGCACAUAUUCUUCGCACGUCUCCUGGAUACUUGGCCAGGCCAUGGAGAUUGGUGCGCCGGCGAUUAGUUUUUUAAUAGAUACAUGGGAGGCGCAUCUAACACCACCAGAGGCAGCUGGCAUGGCGGAUCGUGCCUCGCGUGGCUGGGACAACAAUAUGGUAUAUCCGGCCGCGGAGCUGGCGCUGUCUGUACUGCCCCAUGCAGCGGCACUCAAUCCCAAUGAGAUACAGCGCGCCAUAUUGCAGUGCAAGGAGCAGAGCGACCUAAUGCUGGAGCGUGCUUGCCUCACUGUCGAAACGGCCGCCAAGGGCGGCGGCGUCUAUCCGGAGGUGCUCUUCCAGGUGGCGCGCUACUGGUACGAGCUCUACACACGCAAUUCUCCCAACAACAGCGCCGCGGAUCAUGAGCAGCAUGAGGAGCAGCUGGAGCAUUCGGCGGUUAGCUUGAGUGCGCUAAUUGAGUCCCAGCAGCAGCAUGAGCUGCAGCAGCAACAACAACAGCAGCAGCAACAGCAACAUCAGCAGCAGCAACAUCAGCAGCAUCAGCAGCAACAACAACAACAGCAGCAGCAGCAGCAACAACAACAGCAGCAGCAGCAGCAACAGCAGCUGAUGAGCGCCGCUGCUGGCGGUGCAGGUCCACUGGCGGGUCCACCUGUGGUCAGCUCCGCACCGCAGCCAUUCCAGCCGGGCGUGCCCACACUGGCGCCCAUUGGCCUGGCGCCCUAUGGACCAUACACUUUCUGCCAGAGCAUCUAUGCGCAUCAUCAUAAUCUCAGCUAUCCGCCAGGCCAAAUGCAGAUGUAUAUAUCAGCUGGUCCGCCGCCGCCACCGCAGCCGCUCUACGCGGGCUACUCGCAGCAGCAGCCACCGCCGCCGCCGCCCACUCAACAGCAGCAGCAUCCACAGCAGCAGCAGCAACAACAACAACAGCAGCAGCAACAGGCUCUGGCUCCGCCCACGGCUGUGGUGCAUGCAGCUCCGCCGGGUCACCAGCCACCGCCAGCGUUCCAGGCGCCGCCACCGGGCGCUUUUCAGCAGCUGCCGCCGCAGGCAUAUCAGACGCUGCAGCCGGGUCCACCCGGACCGCCAAUGGGUCCAAUGGCGCCCGCCUAUUACGGUCCACCACCGCCGCCGCCGCCGAAUGGACCGCCCGGUGGCGGUGUAGGCGUACCACUGCGCCAGCAUCCUGUCCAGCAUCCUGCCCAACAUCCUGCACAGCAUCCGGCACAGCAUCCAGCCCAGCAUCCCGUGUAUCCGUUUAUGCAGCAGCAGCAGCCGCCACCGCCACCGCCGCAGCAUCAACAGCAACAGCCACCAUCACAACCGCCGGUGCGACAGCGGCAACAGCAUCAGUUCACACCCACACAGAUGCGCUAUCUGUUGGCUGCCUACAAUGUUGGCAUGCUGGCCAUGGAGACACUGGCGCGACGGGUGCAUGACGAUCGUCCGCAGGCAAAGUAUGCCAGGAAUCCGCCGUAUGGCGAGGACGUAAAAUGGCUGCUGCGGAUUAGCAAGAAGCUGGGCACACAGUAUCUGCAUCAGUUCUGCAUAUGUGCGGUCAAUUCGAUUGUCAGUCCGUUUGUGCUGCACGACGUGGCCAUCGAGUCGGCACAUUAUCUGGGCAGGAACAAUCAUCAGCUGGUCAUGCAGCAUCUGCGCUCGGCCCUUACGCCGCUUGUGCAAAAGUGCCAGCAAAUGUAUAUUCAGUGCAUCCAUCAGAAGCUAUAUCAUCUGACCCAGGGCGACUAUGAGGAAUUCGCCAGCAUUGUGGUUGCCGCGCGCGCCGCUUUUCAAAUCACACCGGAGGGCAGUGCACAGUUCAAGGACUGGCUGCAAUCCAUUAAGCGUUCAAAGUCGUGCAAAAAGGAGCUCUGGACACAGAUCAAUGCGGCGCUGCAAAGCAAUUCCAAAUGACAAAGACUUGACUCCUGCAAUCUGAUGACGGCAACGGCGGCUGCAGCUGCGGCUGCGGCGGCAACGACAACAACGACAACAGCAACAACAAUUGCUGGCGUCGCUGCAGUUGCCGGCAGGAGCGAAACGGCGCCGCCGCCGCCUCCUCCAUUACCGCUGGUCAGGGCAACGCCUGGUAAUGGUGGCUCCAACAUCAACGGCGGCGUCAACAUAGGCAACAAUGCCAGCAGCAGUAACAACAACAACAUCAACAUCAACAGCAACAA